GGCGGCGGCUGCGUCGAGGGCAAUGUCCUGGUCUUCGGGUGGUUCGAGUGCUCCCGGCUUCCGUCGAGCCGCAGGAAGGAGAGGGGAGGAAUCGAGGUCGCCGGUGCCGUACCGCGAGAACCCGAUGGCGUACGAGCCAGAGAAGCUCUGCUGGUGCAACCCCCGUCGGAAGGCGCCAAGGUGGAUCUCGUGGAGCCGUCAGAACCCAGGCAGGAGGUACUACGCCUGCGUUGAUGCCAUGCAUGGUGGUUGUGGAUUCGUGGAAUGGCAUGAUGAUCCUCUUCCCAAGUUUUGGAGUGAUUUGAUUGGUGAUUUGCGAGAUGAAGUGCGUAGGCUGAGAGGUCAAGGAAGUGCUGCUGUGAUUGAAGAUCCCACUGCAGUUGUGGCUCUGCCUGAAGCUGAAACAUGAGGAA